AUGGAUAAUUAUAUCUUUGAUAUUCUGGUGAUUGUCUUCUCUUCGUUUCUCGCAGCAUUGUGUUUCGUACUUAUCGCUUUAAUCAUAGUCCACACUUGCCGCCGGUUCCACCCUAACUCCUCCUCCUCCUCCUCGUUGAGCGACUUGGAAUCCCUUGAAUAUGAAGUCGAGUCAACAACAACAGAGGAGGAGGCUCCACAUGGCUUAGAUGAGUCUGUUAUAUAUGCUAUUCCGUCCUUCAUCUAUACCACCGCAAAGUCUGAACAAGAAGAAGAAUCUCGUGGUGAGUGUGUUGUUUGCUUGGAGGAGUACGAAGAUAAUGAUCCCAUUCGCAUCCUUCCGUUUUGCUCCCACACUUUCCAUCUCAAUUGUAUUGACGUUUGGCUUCGUUCUAACCCUAGCUGUCCUUUGUGUCGCUCAUGUCUUUACUUUUUCGAGGAGGACUUUAUGUUGAAACGCUCUAAUGCAUCUGGUUCCGAGCGGAGCUUGUCGCCUGAGAGAAUGGUUGUCAUUGACAUCCCUGCCACCGCAUCCCCAUGGUAG